AGCUAGCUUUUCUUGUUGUUUUGAAUUAGAUUUUUUAUUCUGUACCCCAUCUCUACAGGCAUUUUGUGUUAUGACUCGGUGACUGGGAAAUCGAUCUGCAGUGUUCCGAACCUAGUACCUGUGUCUGGACGACAUGCGUGCAUGCUGAUUUAUUGACUGGGCGACUGUUGAAGAAACAUUUAAAAAAAUACGUUCUGUGACGAACAGCUAGUACGUGACCUCAAGAAAUUGAGAGGAAUUUUACACCAGGAAUCUCUACUCGAAGUAGAUUAGUCCUGUGCAUAGGCUCUUCGUCCUCUACUAUUUGAUAGCAUCGGCAUGUGCUAGGCACCCUAAAGAUGCCGAAGCGACGCAGGCGCUGUGAAGAUAGUGAUGAAGAAAGUGACGAUGAUGGCAGUGGUGAUGUGUCUGAUGCGAUAAGACAAAAGCUUGAGGAAGCCAAAGAGCUUCAGCGAAUUAGACAGCGUCCCAUAGGCGUUAGUGCUGGUCGCCUGGCGUUUGGUGAAGAGGCCAAGAAAGAAGAAGAUGUUGAUGCUGACCCAUUCAAGCUGAAAACUGGAGGUCUGCUGGACAAGGCAGCUGCGGAAAAAGCCAAGGCUGAUCAGGAUUCGGUGCGCCUGGACAACACGUUUGCAGCGGAAACUAACAUCCGUGACGAUGAUGCUGCCAUGAUGAAGUACAUUGACGAGGAAAUGAAGGCGAAACGCGAAAGUGAGGAUGGGAAGUCUAAAGAGCUCACAGAGUACGAGAAGCGUGAAAAAGAGCUUUUCACCAUUCCAGAGCACCUGAAUGUUGUAUCACAGAAAAAGGUCAGCGAAGAAAUGCUGUCCAGUCAAAUGUUGUCCGGAAUACCGGAGGUGGAUCUCGGUGUUGAUGAGAAGCUGCGUAACAUUGAAGCAACAGAGGAGGCACGUCAAACUAAGCUUGCUCAAUCCAAACUCAAGAAGCAUGUCACGUCAGAUCUUGUCCCCAAGAAUGUUGCUGCUAACUUCAGCCAUCGUUAUUUCAGUGGCGAUAACUCCGAAGCACGGAAACGCCGUGAGGAGGCCAAGGCCAAAGCCAACAAGCCUGCACCCAAGGUGGUCCCACUCGUUGGUGGUCCAAUGGCCGAACCCCGUGCUGAUAUUGCCAGUGCACACGCAUUGAAGAUCAUCGACGAUCGCAAGUACGAGGAGCAGAAGCAGUCGGGCACGAAGAACAUGCGGUCACAGGCAUCCGACAACUACCACUACGAUAAAUUUGUCAAGAGGACUCGUUUCAGGUAGCAGUAUCCAAGUAGUAGUAUAUUUAUUGUGCUACUUGUAUUACUACUCUUUCCCCUCUCGUCCAUGAAACAAUCUAUCCUAAAAUAUACCAUUGAGAACGAUACCACCUCUGUAAUAAUUUUUCCUGCAUGAAAGUACCAUGUAAUUAUAAUGCUUUUCGCAUUACAGCAUGAUGUCACCUGCUUAUAAAUCCAAUUGAGUCUGUACCCCCUCCCCAUACUUCCAGGUUUUGUGCCCUGGCGCUGCAUACUCAUGAUAUAGCAGUCACUGAUUGAUUCACUGUGCUGACAGACCACUGCUGUGCUGGUGGUACACUGUG